AUGUACAUCACCCUCUACUACAUAGUCACCCGACUCCCUGACUCCCUUCGCGGGUGUUCUCCCUCCCCCCUCUUGCCCUUUGUUGCUUCUGCUGCUGCGGCCGACCUCGUUGGUUUUGAGUCGGUCGGUGCUGCGUCUGCCCCUUCGGGGAAGCGCCGCACAGGCAAGGGCAAGGGGGGCAAGGGCGCUGGAGAAGAUGGCGGGGGCGGUGGAGGUGGCAGUGGAGGCGGCGGAGGGAGUGGGGGUGGUGGAGGGAGUGGUGGAGGAGGUGGGGGUACCGGUGGCAGCAGUGGAGGCGGAGGCGGCGGCAGUGGCGGAGGGAGCGGAGGCGACGGUGGUAGCGGAGGCGGCGGUGGUGGCGGAGGCGGCGAAGGCGGCGGAGGUGGCGGUGGAGCUGGUCGCGGGUCUACGCAGAGGACUUGCGUCGGUGGUGGUCCGCGCCAGCAGCAGCAGCGCGGUCGUGAGACCCUGUCCCCUCAGGAGCUCCGUGAGUGGUACAUUGCACGCCAGCGGGGUGGGGGUUUUGGUCCGUGCACCUACGUCCUUCGCACCGGCGACCGUGCGGGUGAGCAGUGUGGGGGUGCGCACCCCACCCACCGCUACUUUGGCCGCCUGACGGACGCGUGGCGUCACCAGUUCCCUAAGGCCACAGAGGUCCCUCGCUGGGGCGAGCUGUCUCUGGCGGGAGUUGCCAUCUAUGAUCUUGAUUUUGAUGCCAUUCUUUCUGCCAUGUAUGCUGUGACUAUUAGUGAUGAGGGUGACUGUUACCGGUGUUUCCCGCCCGAUCCAGGCAUUGAGACUGCUGCUCUAGGUACUGUCCUCCCGUGUCCGGCGGCUCCCUCUGGCACCCUGUCUGGUCUCUACCUCCCCUCGUUGUCUACGAACUUGGCGAGUGGUGCUGACCUACAGGAUGGGGGAGUGCACCAGUUCACUCCUGCGCGUCAGCGAGUGACGCACUGCACAGAGGCUCGGACAGGCCGACACUUGGCUACGUUUACACGUCUGCCGGGGUCGAGCCUGUACACACUGACCACUGCGUCUCCUCCAGUUGCUGAGUCUGGUAGGGUAGUUGCGUCGGGUCAGGUGUUUGCUGCAGCGUCCAGGUCUGGUCCUGAGUCUGCCCCCUGCUCGUGUCGUCUCCUGUCUCACGAGACUCUCCUUUGGCACCACCGCCUUGGUCACCCCUCCCUGCCUCGUCUCCGAGGCAUGGCGUCCCGUGUCCUUGUCUCUGGUCUUCCCCGGUCCCUCCUUCCCCUUGUCUCUGGUCUUCCCCGCAUUGGCAUGGUGUGUCCCAGGUAG